AGGGAGGGGGUAAGAUGGCGGCGCCCGUCCUGCUGCGAGUGUCGGUGCCGCGCUGGGAGCGGGUGGCCCGCUCCGCCGUGUGCGCGGCCGGCAUCCUGCUCUCGCUCUACGCCUGCCACCUGGAGCGGGAGAAGGGCCGCGACAUCCACUACCAAGCGUUGUGCGACCUCAGCGAGCGGGUCCGCUGCUCCGCCGCCAUCACCUCCAGAUGGGGUCGAGGAUUCGGUCUGUUGGGUUCCAUCUUUGGAAAGGACAGUGCAAUAAAUCAGUCAAACAGUGUUUUUGGACUCGUGUUUUAUAUACUACAAAUGCUACUUGGUAUGACAGCAAGUGCAGUAGCAGCUCUAAUCCUCAUGACAUCCUCCAUAGUGUCUGUAGUAGGGUCAUUGUACUUGGCAUACAUUCUGUACUUCGUGCUGAAGGAAUUUUGCAUUGUCUGCAUCAUCACAUAUUUGCUGAACUUCAUUCUCUUUAUCAUCAACUACAAACGACUAGUUUAUUUGAAUGAGGCCUGGAAACGGCAACUCCAACCCAAACAGGAAUAACACCUGUUUGAACUGCUGACUGACAGUCUGAAGACCCAACUUCCAUUAAGUUUAUUUUGCAGUAAUUUUUUAUUCUCCAUAUCAGACACCUUCCCUGAGAAUCAUAACUGAAUUUAUAAUAAAAACUUGAAGGGGCCCUAGAUAUUUUUUUUGUGCUAAUCUUUGAUUUAAAUGUGGUAAUGAAAGAAAGCUCUAAUACAAUCAAAGACAAGCUUUAACUUUACUUUGAAGGAGUUUUAGCCACAGCAAAACCGAGACUCUCUUCCCCCUCCACUUGUGAAGUGGGUAACACUUGCUAUAAAGCAUCCUGUAUAUAAAUCCAGGUAUAACAAGAUGUGGUCAUGACAUUAAAUAUUCUAGACUAGCAUUAACAUAUUUAAUGUUGCCAUGUUUACAGUAUGUGUAUUACUUUUUAUUUUUUAGCUGAUGGACUUAGAUUUGAGUAGGACUUACACUGUACCCUGGAGACCUCCCUGUGCAAUUGGAUUUGUUAGCCUGGGAGCUGUCAGAGUGUUCAGCUAAUAGUCGGCCGGCAGGACGGAAGAAGUGGUCUCUGUAGAGAGCACAGCCUGCUGCUGCGCUGCCUGCUAGUGCUUUCACAAGAAUCGUGGUUGGGUUUGAUUACAGUUCUUUUUUUUUUUCCCCUUUUUUGUCUCCAGUAAGAAAAAGGAUCUAAAGUGGAAACCUGAAGUAUGUUGGUUAAACCACAACAUUGUUAAUUCUGUACAGAAUGAAAAUAGCUUCAUGUGGUCAGUGGAAAGCUGCCACCAGGAUAUUAUAUGCAGGUUGGGGGUUGGUGUAUCAAGAGCAUUCUUUGAAAGGACUUAAUUUCCAUGCAAAGCUGUUUCAGUUGUAAGCUGUGGUCAGCCUGCCAGCGUUACUGCUGUUUGAUGUUGUGUGAGUGCUGCAGCACGGGACUGCAGCCUGGAGUGGGCUAACUCAAGCAGUGCCCUGACGAAGCAGUUCCUUAAUUGAUCUUCAUCAGGAUCUGUGGUUUGUGCUAUAUUGGGAAAUGAACUUUAGGCCUGACACACGUUAAGAUCUCUUGGAAGGGCAGCCUGUUUGAUGGGAUAAAAUGAAAGGUGAUCUAGUGCUAUCAUUGCUCUUUCUAAUAACUAAUUGAGGAAAAAAAAUAAACUGCAGAUUUAAACAAAGGAACAAAAUUGUAAAUGUUGUUUCUGCACUCAGUAUUCUAAGGCUGAAUGUUAAAAGUGCCUUCUGUCUUAUGAUCCUAAACCAAAUACUUUGCAUUGAACUUAGCAGGCAGAAGUGUCCUUGCUUUAAAAAUGAACAAACUAACAAAAUUCCCGGCAAACUUGCUGGGGAUAGCAGAACAUUAAGAGAUCUAAUUUAGUUUUUAGACUGAGAAGUGGUAGCAGUAUUGUUUCAGUUAAACCCAUGUGAGAGAAGGUCAAUGAUGCAAUUCUGAAAAGUAAAAUAACUCACGUUUCAGACUCUGUGACACCAAAAUGUGUAGGUUCAGCUGCUUUCUGUAAUUGGUGCUGUGCUGCCUUUUGCCCUUGUCAGCUUCUAAAUAUGAAGAAUUCCAACUGCAUACCUAUUUAUUUAAAGAAUUAGUUUAAUUUUAGGAUUUUCUUUUCUGGACCGUGGAUGUCACAGAGACACUUAUGGUGUGUGGCUUAAGUGGAUUAUAAACACUAAGUUGCUGAGGAUAAACCUGACUGUGAAACAUGCAGUGUUCCAUAGAGAAAAUAGAAUCUUUUAGAUUGAAUUCACAAAAUAGUAUUUAAUUACUACUGAAGUAAUUUUCUGGUUUGUACCAAGGAUGUAGGUGGAAACUGCUUUUAUGUAUAGAGUUCUGUGGUAUGAGUCAACAUCUGUUGCAUGUAACACUAAAUUACUUGUCCCUCUUGUCUAACAGUUUUAGACAACAAUUCAUUAAAUGCGUUCUGUAUUGACCAGAGUAUAGUUAAAGCUUGUCUUGAUGUUUAGUUCUGUCUCUCAGAUACCUUGAACUUUGCUGUGAGGGGAGUGAAAGAUGUUAAACCGGUCCCUCGAGGCUUUACUUUGUUCUCUGACAAGCCUUGAGGCUGUAUCACUGUGUAAUACGUUGUACAGAUUUAUUUUGAUGCAUUCCUGUGUUCUACACUAAGGCAUCUUUUUCAUCCAAGGAAGAGGUGAACACGUGCUGCCUGAAAUGGUUAGUCACGGGGCUAAUCUCUCAGAAGAAGCAGCGAUGGAGGCAAGUGUAAGCAAUGAUCACUUGGUCCAAUUUGUGGGUGUCGCACACACCAAAAAGAAGGAAAAAAGCCCUAUCAGCUGAAAGUGUAGGUGUUGACUAACUUCACUCUGUCUUGUGCUUGUCCAUGUGGGCAUAGUCUGUUAAUUCAGUUUGUUUAGUAAGUGGUUUCGGGCCAGAUUUCAGCAGUCGUGUCCGCAGUCCUUGUUUGUGUGCACGUGGGGAUCAAAUGGCAACCGAGUUUGGUCUCUGGAAGAAUUCGCAGCUACACGUCGUGCACCAACUUGUGAAUCUGAUCCUUAAUUGUGAACUCUCUUGUCUCGUGUGCUUUUCUUGCAGUUACUUUUUACUGGAAGUGAUUUGCUAGGAGUGGCCCUAACCCUUUCUCCUUUCUCUCUUGUGCUUCAGAAAUGCAGUUGGCCUGAAUAAAGGGCAAAAUAAUAUUAGCAGUAGAAAUUUGGACCUUUUUGCUUCCUAUUUUUUUGUUCCAGUCUUUCCCCAUUGCUCCCAGUGAUAGAAACAGCAUAUUUCUUCCAGUAAAAUGGCUCAGGUUACAAUUAGUAAUGUGAUGUAAAUCGGACAGUUUCUUCAUGCAACUGCCUCCCUGCCUGCCCCCAGCCAAAACAAAUGUGGCAAAAGUGUGGUUGGUAUUUAUUUGACCCUCCAAUUUCUCAGAAACCUUGAGGAUAUGAGAAUGUGGGUAAAAGUUGGUAAAUAAUAGCUGGUCUGGCAGAGAGAUGGGAGGCAUUACACGGAUUCUGGUUGUGGUUUCAACACUCAUGAGAACAGAGGGGGAAAAAAAUCUGCAAUAUCCAGGCAGUUGUUCUGAAUUUGGGCUCUUUCUCCCGCCUCCUUGGCUCCCAGAUGUUCUGCAGGGAGAGGUGGAUUGGAAAGGCAAAAGAACCUCAUCCCAAAACCUGUUUAGGAAUGAAACAUUCCUGAAAUCCUCUUACUGUAAGGUACUUGCUACUCUUAAGGCCAACGAAGCAUUCAAGUCUCGUUUAGGAAAUGAAUGUUCUUGGAAGUUUCUUACUGUAAAGUGUUUGCAGUGUUAAGGCCAAUGAAACAUUCCCUGCCACCUUUGAUAUCUAAAGUGACAAUAGAUCUCUCUUAUGAGGAGAUUUCUACAUCCUGUAGUACACAUUUGUUGUCUGCUGUACAGUCUGGAUUGAUGAUGUGCUUCAGGCAGCACUCUGCUCCUAAUUUAACUGGGCCAAAGUCAGAGAGAGAUCCUAAUAGCUGUGGUUCUGCCAAUGUUCAAAUGUCAUCGAGACAAAACUGGUCCAGAAACGAUGAAGUAUUCUGUUACUGUAAAACUGUAUUAAGCAUGGCCUAAAUAUUAGGUGUUUGUUCUGUAUAGUAUGUUCCAUCAACUAUUUAUUACUAGUGCUUUAAACUCCAAAUUAAACAUCCAUUUAAACGGAGUCAUUGGGCAGAUGUUCCUUUUUUUUCAAUCUAGGCUGAGAGGGAUUCUCUACUGGAGGUUUAGGAUACAACUUUACUAACAGUAAAACCAUGUAAAUAUGUAUGAAUUCUAUUUGUUGCACAUAACUUUUUUGGUAUAAAAAGAAAUAAAUGUAGAAAUUA